AUCACCGAAUCGGUACUUGAUCAUGGCUAAUUUAGCGCCUAAACAAAAUUAAGGUCUAAAAUUGUAACAAGCUAUAAAUACAGAGGAGCGAUUUGCAAUAUCAGUUGGUUAUAAUCUCUGUAACAGAAUUAACGACUCUCUCUCUCCUUCUUCUAAACUCUUUUCUUUCCGCAGAGAGAAGAAACUUUUGAAAGAGCUUCAAUGGCGAAAACGCUGCGAACAAUCAAGAACCCUUUCUUCACUCCGCAUCCACCAUCUCCAUUCCUCCACUUCUCCCUCCUCUUCUUCUCUCCCCCUAAGAGAUCAACCAGCCCUCGAUACCUCAACCACCACCAUAGUAACAACCACCUAACUCGAUGCACGCCUCAGCAAGUCUUCCUCCUCCUCAUCUCACUCUCCCUCGUCUUCUCCGGGAUCUCGUUCCUCGCAUCCUCUUCAGGCACUUGCCUCUCCGCGACUUCACCGUCUUCCCCGCUCGGUUUCUUUAUCUCAGACGACCCUCGCCGUCUCCUAACUUCCCUCGCCGCCGUCUCGGUCCCUUCCACGCUGCUUCCUUUGCCGGCGAGAGGAGGACGCUCGGGGAACAUGACGGAGGAGGAGAGCGAGUUCUGGAAACAGCCUGACGGCGAAGGGUACGAGCCGUGUUUGGAGUUCAGUUUGACUUACAGGAAGAAAGCUGCGAGAGUCUCUAGAGAGAGGAAACGUUUCCUCGUCGUUGUUGUCUCCGGUGGACUCAACCAGCAACGUAAUCAGAUCGUUGACGCUGUUGUCAUCGCCACGAUUCUUGAAGCUGCUCUCGUUGUUCCUGUUUUGCAGGUGAACCGAGUUUGGGGUGACGAAAGUGAGUUCUCAGACGUGUUCGACGUGGAGCAUUUCAAGAAAACGCUUAGAUCAGACGUGCGUGUUGUUUCUUCUCUACCGUCGACGCAUCUGAUGUCUAGACAGACUAUAGAGAAUCAGAUUCCGUGGGAUGUUUCUCCCGUUUGGAUCCGUGCUAAGUUCUUCAAACAGUUGAACGAGGAAGGGCUUUUGGUGUUGAAAGGGUUAGACUCAAGGCUAGCUAAGAAUCUCCCUCCGGAUCUGCAGAAACUCAGAUGCAAAGUUGCUUUCCAUGCACUGAGAUUCACUCCACCGAUUGAGAAUCUCGGGAACAAACUCGCGAGAAGGAUGUGGAUUGAAGGUCCGUACAUAGCUCUCCACUUGAGGCUAGAGAAAGAUGUGUGGGUAAGAACCGGUUGUCUCACCGGUUUAGGCUCAGAGUUCGAUCGAAUCAUAGCGGAAACAAGAAUGUCUCAGCCUAGGUACCUCACUGGUAGACUCAACUUGACGUAUACAGAGCGUAGGCUUGCUGGCUUGUGUCCUCUCAAUGCAUAUGAGAUUGCAAGGUUGCUGAAGGCAUUAGGAGCACCGAGGAAUGCAUCGAUAUAUGUGGCAGGAGGUGAGCCGUUUGGUGGGUCACGAGCGAUGGAGCCACUCGCUAAAGAGUUUCCUAAUUUGGUGACAAAGGAGACAUUAGCUCAUAAAGGAGAGCUGUUGCCUUACACCAAUAGAUCUACAGCUUUGGCUGCUAUUGACUACAUUGUUUCGCUUAGCAGCGAUGUUUUUCUUCCUUCACAUGGUGGAAACAUGGCCAAAGCUAUGCAGGGAAACAGAGCUUAUGUAGGGCACAGGAAGUUUAUAAUGCCUAACAAGAGAGCGAUGCUUCCUUUAAUGGAGAAUCCUUCUGUUUCGGAUUCUGAGCUAAGUCGUGUGGCUAGGAAGCUUCACGGUAAGUCUCAAGGUCAUCCUGAGUCACGGAGAGGGCGGAGAGAUCGUGACGUGGUGGCUUAUCCCGUGCCGGAGUGUAUGUGCCGUCAUGGGAAACACAGGUCUAUAGGUUUCUUCUAGAACAGGUUUUUCUUGCUUCUCUACGCAGGGCUUCUUGUAGCCCAGAUUACUUGCGUCUGAAGGCAACACCUGCCACAGACAUGUCCAGCUGUAUCCAAUCGUUGUAAAACAUGUGUACAUGUUCUCCAGUGUAAAAAUGUGCAGAACUGUUUUUUGGUCGUCGUAGAAAAUUACAUUCAUUCAUUGUUCAUCUGUGACUAAUGGAGUGAGACGGCAUAUAUUUUAUAUUUUUGCCAUAAUGAAGUUUUAUCUUUCACAUAAA